AUGUCACUAUCUUCAUCACUUGAUUCACUGCUUUCAGCUUUGAGUACCAGCUAUUUAAGGUCUUCAUUUGUUGGGGGUUUGAAUGUGAUUCCUGUGUCAAAGUUUGGCGUUAGUAGUGUUGGUUUAGUGAGGAAGACGGUGGAAUGUAAGGAAUCAAGAAUUGCUUUAACAACUACAACUUCUGAUGUGGAAGCUUCUAUCCUUCCAGGAGGACGAACUGCUCACUCACGGUUCAAAAUGCCUAUUGAUAUAGAUGAUAAUUUUCAUUGCAACAUUAUUAAACAAAGUUCACUCAUACGUAUAAUUAGAGAUGUAAAAUUAAUUGUAUGGGAUGAGGCAUCAAUGGCAAAAAAGAAUAUGAUUGAAGCUCUUGAUGCACUUCUAAGAGAUAUUAUGGACAACGAUACAAUGUUUAGUGGUAAAGUUGUUGCAUUUGGAGGUGACUUUAAACAAACUUUACCAGUUGUUCGAAAUGGGAAAAAAGAAGAUUUUAUUCAUCAAAGCUUAUUGUACUCUGAAAUUUGGAAUAAACUUGAGAAAUUGUGCCUAUCUGAAAAUAUGCGCAAAAGAACAGAUCCUUCUUUUUGUGAAUAUUUACUUCGAAUUGGAAAUGGAACAGAAAGAACUAACUGUGAAGACAAAAUAGAGAUUCCUGGUUCUUUUGUUAUUCCUUUUACAACUGAAGCAGAAUCCUUAGAUGCAUUGUUCAGUAUAACAUAUCCUGAUUUGCAUGCAUUUUUUCCUGAUUCAUCUAUGAUAACCUCUCGUGUUAUCUUAACAACAAAGAAUGACUUUGUAAACGAAAUAAAUAAUAUGUUGAUCACUAAAUUCCCAGAAAGGUCUCAAACAUUUGUUGCAGUAGAUGAAACUAUUGAACCGAAUUAUCAAAGACAGUUUGAAGAUUUUCUACAUAGUUUAGAUCCUCCUGGUUUACUGCCUUAUAAGUUAACUUUAAAGGAGAAUUGUUCAGUUAUAUUAUUACGAAAUCUAAAUCCUUGCGAAGAACUCCAGAGUUACAAUGCUGCUAUAGACCAUACAGCUCUUAUAUUACUUCUUCUUGCUUUUAUCAGAACCAAAUAA